UUUAAUAUUUUUUUUUAAGUCUUUGCUUAAAUUUUGCAUUAGUACCGAGUUCAAUUUCGUGCCCAAAUCUAAAGAGUGUACUUAUUCGUAAUUACGAAUCUACCCCUUCUUCCCUCUGGAGUGUGUUGAGUGAGGGAAGCAAAUGUUCCAACCGACGAGCGGCAGUAAUGGCGGCGGCGGUGGAGGAGGUGGCACAUACAGCAAUGGCGUCCACCACGAAGGUGGUGGUAGUGGCGGCAGUGGCGUGGCUGGGCGUCGAUUUCGUCGGGGCGGCCGCGGCAAGUCGCGUGACCAUGCCGGCGGCACCAAUUCUAGGGUUUAUCAACAACCGCAGCAGGAGGCGGAGAGCCCUCCCCCACCUUGUACGGACUUCGACGUCGCGUAUUUUCACUCUUACGCGCACCUUGGCAUUCACGAAGAAAUGAUCAAGGAUCGAGUGCGUACGGAAACUUAUAGAAAUGCAAUCCUCCACCAUCAAGAUCGAAUUGCCGGAAAAGUUGUGGUCGAUGUUGGCUGUGGCACUGGCAUUCUCUCUAUAUUUUGUGCUCAAGCUGGGGCCAAGAGGGUAUAUGCAGUGGAUGCCAGUGAUAUUGCAGUUCAGGCAAAUGAAGUAAUCAAGGCAAACAACUUAUCCGAGACAAUCAUUGUAUUGCAUGGGCGAGUUGAGGAUGUUGAAAUCGAUGAAAAGGUUGAUGUCAUAGUAUCUGAAUGGAUGGGUUACAUGCUUCUUUACGAGAGCAUGCUGGGGAGUGUUAUAACUGCCAGAGACCGGUGGUUGAAACCUGGGGGUCUUAUGCUUCCAUCAUUUGCCACGUUAUACAUGGCACCUGUCUCUCGUCCCGACAGAUAUAGUGAAAGCAUUGAUUUCUGGCGCAAUGUCUAUGGAAUUGAUAUGUCGAGUAUGAUGCCUUUAGCAAAGCAGUGUGCAUUUGAAGAGCCUUCUGUUGAGACUAUCAGUGGUGAAAAUGUGCUGACGUGGCCUCAUGUGAUAAAGCAUGUCGACUGUUCCACUGUUACAAUUCACGAGCUAGAGUCUGUUUCAACAAAGUUUAAAUUUGAAUCGAUGAUGCGAGCACCAUUUCACGGAUUUGCGUUUUGGUUUGACGUGGAGUUUGGUGUGCCUCCAAUACACUCUUCAAACAACAAUGCAGCUUCUGCAUAUGUUGAUGCUCCAAAUAAUCAUGUCACAGAAACGAGUCAGAGAAGGAAGCGUUCGAAUCCUAAUGAAGCCCUCGUACUAUCUACUGCACCUGAGGAUCCUCCAACACACUGGCAACAGACAAUUAUCUACUUCUACGAUCCAAUAGAGGUGGAGCAAGAUCAGGUUAUUGAAGGCUCCCUAGUAUUAUCACAAAGCAAGGAACACGCUCGAUUCAUGAAUAUUCAUCUAGAGUACGCAUCCGGUGGUCGUUGUUUUGUCAAAGAAUCAGUGAUGCGAUGAAUCAGGCUGUGGAAGGUUUUCAAAGUAGGAAGCUUAGUGACCCGACUGAACUGGGAUGACGUGGCAUCUGUUCAAAAGGCGUUUUUGCCCCUUGUGAUUCUUGGUAUGUUUCUGAAGGCAGGCUUUUCGGAAUUGUAUGAUAGGUUUGUUUGAACAAUUGGAGAUAGGAUCUGUCAAGUGUCGAUUUUUCUAAGUUGUGGCUGAGCUGUAUUAUGAGUAGAAUAAUUGCAGAUAUUUCUGCCGAGGGAACACAAGUUGUAGUUUUCAUUGAUGAUUCUAUAUUUGAAUUUUUUUCUCGGUUUAAAAUUUUUCUUCGAGCUUGAUUUGAUUAACAAUCAAGUUGAGCUUGAUCGGAUUUUAAUCGAGCCAAAUGC